AUGUAACCUAAGUUAUCAUCAAAGGCAGUCUCAGCAUCUGAUAAGAAGACAACUGAGAAGUUCGAUAAGUCAUCUAUUAUUCGGGACAUUGAGGAUAUGGCUCAUAUCAGACUUAAAGAGGUAGAACCAUUACCAGUUUCAAUGUAUGAGGAUCUCUAUGUGCAGAAAAAUUUGAUGGAAUUCUCAAGAGACAUUGCUCUUAAGUUCAAUGAGCUUAUUGAAUAUAUCAAGAAAGAUAGAGUAAAAGAGACCUAGGACAGAGAUUAUUAUGAAGAAAGAGUUGAUGCUAAAAUAGCAAAUAUACAUAGACACUUAGUCAAGAAAAGUUUUGAACAGAGAUGGAAGUAGAGGCUAUUCAAAGUUAUGGUUAAUGAGUCAAAAACUACUGCUAAUUUAAAAGUUAAACUGGGUAAUCUUGAAAAGAUUCAAAAGCAAUUCGCUUUUAGAACGCUUGCUCUCAAUACACUAGAUGAAUAGAGAAGUCCAAGUCCUUAGACUAAGGUUAAGAGGAUUUCAAGUAUCAAGCUAUCGGACAGCAAGAGACCAACAGAGUAGCUGCAAAUCAACUUGACACCAUAUUAAAGCACCAUCAAAGCAUUUAAUUAGUAGCAAUUAGAUUUAAAUGUAACCGCAGUUAAGGAAAGUCCCAGUAAAACUACAGUUGAUAAAUCUUGGAUUAAGUUGUCUAUUGAUGAACUAAUGGUCAAGAAUGAACAGAUGCAAGCACAAAUCAUAGAUCUAAAAAACUAGCAGAAAAAUCACUCUCUAUAUUAGAAAAUCGCAUCAAUUUCUAAUAAUGAAAGAGAAUAAGGGUUUCUGAUUGGACUAUUCGACGAUAUGCAGAAUAUGAACGAGCAGAACGUCAAGAUCCUGACAAAUAGAUUAAAUGAUGAGCUAGAAAAAUUCAACAGAUUCAUAGUCAAGAUGAAACAGGAACAGGAAGGAGUGAUCACUAGUGCUUACAACUAACUGAAUCAGAACUUCAUGUUGCUGAAAGAUAAAGACUUUGAGUAGAUUAAGAGCGACAUGAAGAUAUUGUUUGUUAAAAUCAAUCAUGCCAAUGAGUCCUAUCUAAACAUAAGGAAGGAGUUCUCAGGUCUUAGGGAUUAGUUCAAACAUCAAAGAUCAUUAAGUCAGUCCAAAGAAAGAUAUGACUCCUAGACAUUGAUGCAAAGCACCAGCAGACAGUAACUUCACGAUAAAUACGAUAACUUCAUAACUUAGCAAUCAUUGGUCAAUCCCAUGAAUAUUUUGUCGAAUCAGCAACUGAUUAAUUACUACUAAAACCAGAACUAUAGGGAUAUAUCGCAGAACCAGGUGCUUAAGCAUAUCAAGUCAGACACGCCUGAUAGAACAGGAUAAGAUUCAAUUAUUGCUGGCAGGAUACACGAUCGAAGAAACAGCAGCAAAGCGGAAACAAGGAGACCUAUGACUAGCAAAAAUACUAAAAAAUUUAACCCUUAGAGUAACUUUCAUCUCUAAGCGAAACAAAGAGGGCACAAGACAAACUCAUCAUAGCAAUAAGAUUUGAACAGUCUGCUUUCCUUCAAUUAGCUAAGAGGACUUGACACCAAUGAUAACACUAGAAAUGACAUCUAGAAUUCUCAGAACAAGACUCUUUAGUUUAGUAGACUUGACAAGAUGUUUACCGGUACGAUGGAGAGUUUCCACUUCUUGAACCCCAUUAGCAAAGAUAAGAUUCACAUUUCUCCUAGAGUAACCUCCACCUAAAUGCCUAGCUCUACUAUUCCAACUGAAUUUAGAACAACUUUGGCCUCUAAAGUGAGGACAAAUAAAGGUCUAGACAAGUUAAACAAAGCUAUAAUUAGUAAACUGCUGCCAGACUAGGUAUAUAAGGACUAAGUUGACUAUAAAGAGCUUGACAUUAACUCUUUCUUUAAGACUUCUAACAGCAAAGACAUUAUACAGAGAAAUAAGCGAUCUUUGAAUUCCUCCUCUAAAGAUGGUAGGCCCUCAAAUCCUUACUAUAUGAAAUUUUAGAAUAGACAAUUGACUACCAAUGAGAAAAUACCCUAGUCUAGACUAUAAGAAAUCUUCAAUGGGGCUAUUAAUCAUCAAUAGCAGUAGAAUACAAACUUAAAUAAGACCUACAAUCCAGUACUUAAGGACACAUUGAGAUCUAAGAACUCAAGUUAGUCACCUAAGAGAUAUGCAGGUUAAAACAUUACAGAGGCAAUUGAAAGUAACAAAGUUUUUAACUAAGAUUUGAACAAGACUUUUUAGGUAUCUCCAAUGGAUAUCAAGACAUGA